CAGAAAAGAGUAGAGGUUACUCAUUCUGUAUAUACUUUUAUUGAUCUUAAUUCAAAUGAAAAAUAUGUUAAUUCUGAUAACAAUUCAGAUAAGAGUUCAGAUAACAAUUUCAUAAAGCUAGAUUGCUUUGAUGAAGUAGAUUUGAUUAUUGAACAACUUCAUGUAGCUAAAAAAACAAAGUAUCUUGCUGUUCAUAUUGGGAAUUUCAAAU